GCAAAUUAUCCAUUUAUUUUUUUCAUAAGUUAAUCUGUAAUUAGGUAUUGAACUUAUACCUGGGAUAUAAAUUCUUUAGAGGCGUAAGACGUAAUUUAUGAAAUAUUAGGAGGUGAAAUAUAAAUUUAUGUCACCUGUGUUUUUCCUCUUACACGUGGCAUCCAUCCGAGUAAGCGACAAAACUUUUGGUGGGGAGAUUACUGGCGUUUUCGUCGUGAAGCGCGUACUCUGAAGAGUGAGUACUGAACCACCCCCAAAAAACAUGAACACCCUCUCCUUCUAACCCUUUUAGGUCUGUAUCACUUUUCCCAUUUUACUCCAUAAAUUUGGAAAUUUGAUAGAUCGGCGGCGAGCUCAGACAUUUCUGGUUAACGUUUAUCGCUCCAUUUCGUAGAGAUGAGCAGCAGCUCAGGCGAAGAAUCAGAUUUGAGUGACUCUGAGAUUUAUGAGUUCAAAGAGAAGCCUUAUGAAGAAUUAAGAACUGGAAAACUAAGAGUCAAGGGUCCAAAUGGGUCCCUUAGAUGUCCCUUCUGUGCAGGGAAGAAAAAGCAAGACUACAAGUACAAAGACCUUCUUCAACAUGCUACAGGGGUUAGCAAGGGUUCUGCUAACCGAAGUGCUAAACAGAAGGCAAACCACUUAGCUCUUGCACAGUAUCUGGAAACAGACCUAGCGAAUGAGGCUGAGCCGAUACCAAAACGUGAUGUGACACCAGAACGUUCAGAACCUGGAAAAGAUGAACUGUUUUCUUGGCCUUGGACUGGGGUUGUCGUUAACAUUUCAAAGGAAACAGGAAAGGGAAGAUCUCUAGAUGAAAAGGAGUAUUGGUUAAAAAAGUUUUCCAUGUACACACCUUUGGAAGUUAAGCUUUUCUUUGAUAAUCAAGGAAGGGUGUCUGAAGUUGUUGUGAGAUUCAAUAGUGAUUGGACUGGUUUUAAGGGCGCAAUGGAGUUUGAGAAGUCCUUCGAAGCCUCUCAUUGCAGUAAACAAGAAUGGAAAUCCCAUAGAAGUUGCCCUGGUCCAAAUCUGUAUGGAUGGGUUGCUCGUGAAGAUGAUUAUCUAGAAGAAGGAGCUGUAGGAGAAUAUCUGCGAGAGAAGGGGGAGCUAAAGACUAUCUCAGACCUUAUUAAAGAGGAAACUCAGGGUAGAAAAAAAGUUGUAGCAAAUCUAGCCAAUGAAAUUGACAUGAAAAAUGAAAAUCUGGAUGAGCUGCAAACAAAAUUCAAUUUGAACACCCUGUCUCUUAGCCAGAUGCUCGUAGAGAAAGACAUGCUACACCGUUCUUUUUUUGAAGAGUCAAGGAAGAUGCAACGCCUUGCACGUGAGCAUGUACAGAAAGUCCUGAUGGAGCAAGAAAUGCUGAGUUUAGAGUUGGAGAGCAAGAAGAAGAAGCUUGAUUCUUGGAGCAGAGAACUGAAUAAGCGUGAAACCUUGACUGAGCGAGAAAAGCAAAAGCUUGAUGAGGAAAAAAAACAGAAUGAUGUGAGAAAUUCAGCUCUUCAAUUGGCUUCCGCGGAACAAAGAAAAGCUGAUGAGAAUGUCUUGAGACUGGUUGAAGAACAAAAGAGGGAGAAGGAGGAAGCCUUGAAAAAAAUUCUUGAGCUUGAGAGGGACAUUGAUGCCAAGCAAAAGUUGGAAAUGGAGAUAGCAGAACUAAAAGGAAAACUAGAGGUUAUGAAGCACCUUGGGGGCAAUGAUGAUGAAGCUGUACAGAAAAAGAUUAAGGAGAUGAAUGAAGAGCUGAAAGAUAAAAUGGAGGAGAUGGACAGUAUGGAGUCUCUAAACCAGACUCUCCUUGCGAAGGAGCGCCAAAGUAAUGAUGAGUUGCAAGAUGCACGGCGCACAUUGAAAGAGGGACUACUUGAUGUAUUAAGCAGUGCGCGAGCCCAUAUUGGGAUAAAAAGAAUGGGAGAAAUUGAUUCAAAGGCCUUUCAGAAUGCACUGAAACAGAGGUUUCCAAAUCAGGAAGCUGAAAUCAAGGCCAUAGAACUUCUUUCUCUGUGGCAGGAAAAAAUAAAAGACCCUGACUGGCAUCCCUUUAAAACAAUCAUGAUUGAUGAAUCAAAUGUGGAGAGAGUGAUUGAUGAGAAUGAUGAAGCUCUACGAAACCUAAAGGAAGAAUAUGGGGAUGAAAUUUGGGAUGCGGUGACUGCAGCCCUGAAGGAGAUAGAGGAGUACAAUCCUAGUGGUAGAUAUGCGGUUCCUGAGCUAUGGAACUUCAAGGAAGGAAGGAAGGCCACACUGAAGGAAGUCAUCAGUUUCAUCUUCAAGCAAAUCAAGACGCAGAAACGAAAGAGAACAUGAUAGCAAGAUGGUUGACAGAUUAUGUUUGUUUUAUGAUGCUUGUAAAGCCAGUGAUGGUCGACUCGCUAGAUAUUAUCCUUUUUUGUGGUUCGACUCUGAUAAUACUGAUGAGAUACUUUAAAAUGUUCAAUUGUCUUUUAAUUUUAUUUGAAACUCUGUUCUGCAGUCAGUUAUGUUAUUGGGAGAAAAUGUCUUCUAGCCAA